GAUAAAAGAUAAGGAAGGAAGAAAGAAAGAAAUGGAAGGGAAAUUGUCGCGUGCGGCAAAGAAGCUUACAUCGUCUCCCAUUCAAGAACUCUCUCAUCUUGCUCAAAGAUGCAAUGCCAUCAACCUCGCUGAAGGCUUCCCUGACUUCCCUGCUCCUAUCCACAUCAAAAACGCCGCCGUUUCCGCCAUCAAUUCCGACCUCAACCAAUACAGGCAUGUGCAAGGUAUAUGUCAACACUUAGCCAAGAUGGUGAAGGAAAUGCAUGGUUUAGAUAUUGACCCUCUUACUGAUGUAGCUAUUUCUUGUGGUCAAACUGAGGCAUUUGCAGCUUCAAUCUUUGCAACGAUUGACCCGGGUGACGAAGUCAUACUCUUUGACCCUUCGUAUGAAACUUAUCAAGGAUGUGUUACCAUGGCUGGUGGUGUCCCUAUACAUGUGCCACUUGACCCGCCUCACUGGAGCUUGGAUCCAAGCAAAUUGCUGAGAUCAAUUACCGAAAGAACUAAAGCCAUAAUACUGAAUAGUCCUCACAAUCCAACUGGCAAAGUUUUCACAAAAGAUGAACUUGAGACUAUUGCCGGAGCAUGCUGCAGCCGAAAUUGCCUUGCUAUAACAGAUGAAGUGUAUGAGCAUAUAACUUAUGACAAUCAAAAACAUAUAUCCCUUGCCACAUUUCCAGGAAUGCAAGAGCGGACGAUUAUAACAUCUUCUUUGUCUAAAACAUUCAGCGUCACAGGUUGGAGGGUUGGAUGGGCAAUUGCACCAGCCUCUAUUGCGUCCGCUAUCAGAAACAUUCAUAUAAUAGUUACAGAUUCUGCUCCUGCUCCUUUUCAGGAAGCCGCUUUGACUGCUUUGAGAAGCCCCCCUGAAUACUUUGAAACACUGAGAAGAGAGUAUCAAUCAAAAAGAGAUUAUACUAUCAAGUUGCUUGCAGGAGUGGGUUUUAAGAUACAGUUUAUACCGCAGGGUUCCUUCUUCUUGUUUGCCGAGCUUCCUGAUGAUUGUCCCCUUUCUGAUGUAGAAUUUGUUAAAAAACUAAUACUAAAAGCCGGGGUGGUGGCUGUUCCAGGACAAGGAUUUUUUCAUACAAACCUAUCAUCAGAUGAAGUUUCUAAUGCAAGUUGUAACUAUCAGAAGAGAUACAUCAGGUUUGCAUUCUGCAAGAGCGAGGCAACUUUGUCCGCGGUUUCAGAAAAACUGGGAAAGCUUUUGGAUACUGAAGGUCGUCUUGCACUACAUUAAAUUAGUUUAAAGAAUAAUAGGUGAUGGAGAAAGUAUUUGAUUAACUGCUAUAUUCUAUGAAGCUCCAGCCAUCGAGAAGACGGUGCAUUCCACCUCCCAUUCGCCCCUUUCAACCUUUCUCCUCUUUGUGUGUCUGUUGUCUUUAAUAAUAUCACAUUCAGAUUUACAUGAAUGUGAAUGAGUGUAAAGGAAAUAAUAAGCACGAAAUACUCAAUUUUCAAUCCAAUCAUGGAACAAAUUUAUCCAGCCAUGUACUUUUGAUCCUAGAGGAAUCAUCCAAUACUUAUGUCUGACUGUGGUUUAACAGGAGAUCAAGCUGCUGAUAAGCAGUACUAAGAAGUUUUUUUUAUCAAUUAUAAGAGAUGAAUUCUCAUAUACUAGAAACAAACCGUUGUUAAAUGCUUAACAAUGAAGUAUCACUAGCACUGAAAUGCUGUUCUGGCACUAACUACUAAGGGCAUCUUCCAUGGUUAUUAUUA